AUGUCCGCCACCGUUGAAUCAUCCAGAAAACUGUCAACCACAGAAAGACGGCCUUCGAUGGCAGAACGCAGACCGUCAAUGCCUGCCGGCAGACGGCCAUCGGUGAUUCCGCAUCUUGCCGGAAUCGAAGAACCCGCUUUGCCCACCACACCUGACCAGUGUGACGUGCUGAUUUGCGGAACAGGGCUCGUGGAGUCUGUUUUGGCCGCGGCUCUUUCCUGGCAAGGUUCCAACGUUCUCCAUGUCGACUCCAAUCCGUACUACGGAGAUACUUCCUCCACAUUAACGAUCGAACAAAUUAAGGCUUGGUGCCACAAUGUUAAUAUCAACACCGCAGGAUUCCGAGGCUACUCGAAAGCCCUGCUUUACAUUCCGCGGCCGGAUCAAUUGAACAGCAGAGACUACAGCAUUGAUCUGACUCCCCGCGUUAUGUUCGCAAGAUCCGACCUUCUUUCGCUGCUCCUCAAAUCAAGAGUGUACAGAUACUUGGAGUUCCAAUCUCUGAGCAGUUUCCACACUUUCGAGAAUGACUCUUUUGGGAAAAUGUCUUCAUCCAAAGAGGAGAUCUUCACCGACCAGUCGCUUUCUCUCGAAACUAAAAGACACUUGAUGAAGUUCAUGAAGCUCGUUCUCGAGUCGGACUCACCAAAAUCUGUCAAAGAAUUAGAAGCAUACAAGACAACCCCAUUCACAGAGUUUAUCGAAGCAAAAUACAAACUCACUCCCGCCCAGGUCAACGAGUUGUGCUUUACUUUGGGUCUGUCUCCUAUUCCUAAUAUUUUAACCCCUGAAGGUCUUUCCAGAAUUAGAAGAUAUUUGACCUCAUUCAGUGUUUACGGUACAUUCCCGGUUCUUUACUCGAAAUUCGGUGGACCUGGAGAAAUCUCUCAAGGUUUCUGCAGAUCCGCAGCUGUGGCAGGUGCAACUUACAAGCUGGACUCGCAAUUGCAAUCCUAUGACAGCAAGAAAAAGAUAGCCACUUUCACCGACGGAAGCACAGUCAAGGUCACCGAAAGACUUGUGUGCUCUCCAUCGCAGGCACCUGCCAACGCAGAAAACGUCCCAGACAAACAGUACGAGAUCACUAGACUGAUCACCAUUGUGAGCAAAUCUUGCAAAGAGUGGUUUUCCGAAGGAGAAUCUGCUGCUGUUGUUGUCUUCCCUCCUAACAGUCUUCCAUCUGCUAACGCGUUCCCUGUUCAAGUGAUAAUCAUGGGCUCUGGCUCUGGCUGCUGUCCGAACGGUCAGUGUAUAUGGUACUUGUCGACCGUUGAGAAGGGCGACAAGGCCAGACACGACCUGGAGACGGCUCUUUUGAAGCUUGAAGAAAGUAUUUUACGGGAAUCUGAGGAUGGUGGAUUUGACGUCGAUUUGACUGACGACGACGUUGUUGUCAGACCAGACGGAAACGUUUCUGUGAUCAACUCUGUCAAGCUUGGAAAGUCGUUCAAAGAGUUUGUUCCUAAGGAGAAGCUGACCUUUUUGUUCAAGCUGAUGUUCACGCAAUUCACGUCUGUGGAGCCAUUUGGAGUUGUCAACGAGAACAUCUUCAAGAACGCGUUGAACCAAGGGUCUGAAAACUCUGUUGAUCAUGAGGUGUUGUACUCGAACAUGCCUUCUGCGGAGGUCUCGUACGACGGGAUCGUUACCGAGGCCAAGCUGCUGUACACCAGCAUUGUUGGUUCUGACGACGAUUUCUUCGACGUGGAUUUCGAGGACGAUGACGAAGACCCGCUUGCAGGAACGCAGAAUGACUCGGCCAUCGUGGACGAGGACGACGAGGAGUUCAAGGACGAGAUGGAUUUCGAGUUAUAG